CUUCUACAACAAAACCAGUAAUGGAAUCAAGAAUAUCAAAGAUUAAAGAAAAAUUAGAUUUGCCAGAAAAAAGCCAAUUUAUGGUAGACAAUGUUGUUGAUGCUUUAAAAAGUCUAUCAUUAUUAGAAGAUCAAAAUCAAACAACUACUAAUUUAAUAAAGCCACCAAAAACUGGCUCAUUAUCACCACUUGAUACGUUUUGUAUAUUGCUUCAGGAUAAACUUAAAUAUAAUCCUGGUGAGAAAGAUUUAUUAGUUUUAUAUCAUGAAUUUGAAGCAAAACUAAAGAAUGGGAAUAAGGUAACUAAAACAUCAAAAGCUGCAAUAGCAACUGAAAUGACUGCUAGAGGUGAAAUUCGUGAUAAAGGUGUAUUGGCACCAACUUUACCGAAUAUUUAUAAUCCAAUACUUGAAAAGUUAGAUCAUGAAGGUAUAAAAGUUAAAGAAUCUACUAUUGAAAAAGGAAUGAGAGAAAAUUUGAAAUGGAAUGGAA